AUUUAGCCACUUCCUUUUGUGCAACUCAAGAGCUGUUUACAGUACCAGUUUGGAUUAUCUCUCAGUUAAAAGGAAGAUUCUGACUUUGUAGCAUUUCACUCUGCCUUUCUUUGUUGCGGUUUAUUUUUCAAGUAUUUGCUUGGCUCUGUGGCUUAGCAUGGUGCUUUGGAAAUCCGUUUGUUAAUAUGGACUCUCUAUGGAAACACAAUUCUACAUUUUCUACCAGAAGUUUGUGCCAGGUAUAACUGACCCAUGAAUCGGCUGGAGAUCACGAGAUCACAAUGGCCACCGACACUUCAUUCUCGAGGCGACUGGCUCGUCGAGAGUUCCGUUCUUCCAAAGAUGCCAGGCUGUCCGUGGGCAGCUCUGUAAUGAAGAUCAUUUCCAGCACGUCGGUAGAAUCACUGUUAACGGCAGAAGAAGACUUUUUGGAAUACUUGUCGUUCCUUAGCACAGUGGCACUGAAUGCAUUGCUGCGAGCUGGGGCGGUGGAUCCAGGGAACGUUAAGCUGCUACAGCAUUUCAACGAAAGUUUCCACGGACUCUGGGAAUUAAUAUCCGCCAGUUACAAAACACUAAAACAGAGCCACGAACAGAACCUGGCGCUGGAUACGGAUGAGCUCUACCUCCUGCAGCAAGCGCCGGGCUUUGUCCACAUCUUCAAAGAAUAUUUUGAAUCAGUUACAGAUUUUAUGGUGGUGAAGGGAUUCGAUAGAGCAGCUAAGCAAGCAAGUUCUUACUGGAAAUCUAACAAGAAGGUUCUGAGGCAGAUGAUCAAAGACACAUCCGAUGGCCCAGUGCACGUUCUGCUACAGAGAGUCUUUAUCGACCCCUUCCGGAACCACGUGCAACAUUACACGCUCUUCUUGUCAAACCUCACCGAGGAUUCAGAAGCGGAACCUCUCUCAGACGUUCUCAAUACCUUUGUGGAACUUCAGAGACAUAUCAGUCAAAUUCUGGACGAAGCCUCCCAAACAAAAAUACUGUGGUCACAGAUAUCCAAUAAAUUAACGCUUGCCCUGUGCCACCCUGAGCGCAGAUUACAAGAAGACAGCAGGAAUGUCCCAGUUGCCGUUGCCAACGGGAGAUAUGAGAGGGUCCUUCUAUUCAAUGACAUGCUGGUGUUCCUUCAGGGUCACGAGUCCAAGAGCUUUGACUUAAAGACAGUUUGGGUCGAUUCAACAGUAAAGCAGAAAUCCGAGCCCAACAACUAUUUGCUAAGGAUAAUUACGCCAGAAGAUGAGGUCGUUCUCUGUGCAAAGGAGCCUCAAUGCCAGGGGCUGUGGCUAUGGAAGAUAAAUCAACUGAUUCGCCAAGUACUAAAUGGCAGCAGGGACUACCCCUUGUGGGGUAAGGCCGGAGAAGUGACCAACCCACCGACGUGCCGCUUCUCUACCUACACUUUCAGGAACGAGGGCAGAUUUAAGGAGGCCACUUACGAAGGAGACAUGUCCUGGGGGAAACCUCAUGGAAAAGGCACGCUAAAAUGGGCAGAUGGACGCAACCAUGUUGGGGAUUUCAAGUUUGGUCAAGAAGAUGGGUUUGGUAUCUGCCUGAUUCCCAACUCUUCCCAGGACCGAUACGAUUGCUAUAAAUGCCAUUGGCGGAGUGGAUCCAUGGAAGGUUAUGGAAUCUGUGAGUAUGCUGAUGAGUCCGUGUAUAAAGGCUACUUCAAAGAUAACAUGCGGCACGGGUUUGGAAUCUUAGAGUGUGGGGCGCCGGACACAAACCCAUUUAAAUACACUGGCAACUGGGAUAGAGACAAGAGGUCUGGCUAUGGAGUCUGGGAAAGUAAAAACAAGGGUGAAAGAUACAUUGGGAUGUGGUUGAACAAUAACAGACACGGCCCUGCCAUUAUACUCACAGACUCCGGUGCCUGCUACCAAGGGAUCUUCAACUCCAAUAAAAUGGUGGGUACAGGAAUUCUGCUGUCAGAGGACUCCACAAUGUACGAGGGCGAGUUCACAGAAGACCGUUUGAUGGCUGGAAAGGGCAAGCUCACCUUUUCAAAUGGAUUUACACUGGUUGGAACCUUUAACAGGAAUGCUUCCUUGGGCCUGCACACUCAGGGGGUUCUUAACACAACCAGCGCCCACGAAGACGAGACGACAAAGCGGAAAUUUCAGCUCGGUGCUGAAUUGUUCCCUGUGGAAGAACGAUGGAACGGGAUUUUCGAACCCUUCCUGAAAUUCCUGGAAUCUGGGUGCCAGGGAGAGACAGAAGAGUUCUUUUUAGGCUUCCAUGUCAAGUCAAGUAAAAAACUGCAGAAAUCACAAGAAUAUCUUUACUGUGAGAGAGACAAGGAUGAAGUUUCAGGUAAAAUAGAAGACAUAAUAAAAGAGAUUAGUGUGUUCCAGAAGCAAGAGGACCUGCAGCUGUAUUUGGAGAAGGCAUUUAAGUCUUCCCAUCACCCCUUUAAGAAGCUCUUGAAGAUACUGUUACUAGUUUACCAGGCAACAUAUUCUGGUGUGGGAGCCAAUCUGCAUCUCCUCAGCAUGGCCCAGGAAGAAAUCAAGUAUUAUGGCAAGAAACUUUUGGAAUUUUGCAGAGCCUUAUUAGCUACGGCUGGAGAAAGAAAUGGGCACAGAAACUGUAUUUUGGAUGAAGACGAAGAAAUGAGUGACACGUGGGCUUACACCUUAAUUCUCCCCCUCAUCCUCCCGCGGUUUCAUCCCGACCUCUUCAUGCUAUACAUGCUGUACCACGAGCAGGAGGAUGGGUUCUACUGGCAGGGGAUUAUCCGGCUCGGGCAUCUGACAGAUACAAAACUACUGGAGUUCUUGGACGUGCAGAAACAACUGUGGCCUCUAAAAGAUGUCAAACUUACAACCAACCAGAGAUACUCCAUUGUGAGACACAAAUGCUUCCACUCAGCAACUGAAUGUCUACAAAAGAUAAUAACAACGGUGGAUCCCAAAGAGAAACUGGAAAUCAUCCUAAAGACAUACUCGGAGAUUGAGCGGACAGUAUCCCGAGUGGUGGAUAAAGAUUACAAGCUUCCCAUGGAUGACCUUCUACCAUUGUUAAUAUACGUGGUGUCACGAGCGGGCAUUCAACAUCUCGGAGCAGAAAUUAAUUUCAUCCGUGACCUGAUGGAUCCCAGUAACAGAGGAGGGAUAUAUGAUUUCCUACUAACUGCACUGGAGUCCUGUUACGAACACAUCCAGAAAGAAGAAAUCAGACACUACACGUGCUAGCAUCACAUCUCGGGAGUGUUCAGGAG